UAGAGUUUAUGCCUGCAGGCGGUCACUCAAACUCGCGCCAUACCAGUCACUCUCUUCUAAGCUUCAGAAGCCAUGAAAGCACCAAGCUUAUGCUAAUCUAAUCAGGACCACAAUGCUCAGAUAACUUCCCCAAUUGCCUGAAAUCACACCCCCAACCCCAGAAAAAUGAGAUAUUUACGGUUCAUUUCCCCACAUUUUUCGCGUAUUCCCAAAACCCUAAACCCCCAAAGCCCUCCUCUAUCCUCUCUCCAAUCAAAGCCCCAGAUUAGCUCUCAUUUCGUGUGCAAUUACACUACCGCUGCACCCGAGCAACGGCCACCUCCGUCCGAGACGGUAUCGGCGAUCGCGGAUGAGAUAUCGGGCCUGACUUUGCUCGAAGUCUCGAACCUCACGGAGGUUUUGAGGGAGAAAUUGGGCAUAAAGGAGAUGCCGGUGAUGGCGAUGAUGAUGCCGGGGAUGGGAUUUGGCGGCUUGAAAGGGGCCGGCAAAGGUGGUCCGGCGGCGGCUAAAGGCGAGGAGAAGGUGGAGAAGACGGCUUUUGAUGUAAAGCUCGAUUCUUUUGAUGCUGCAGUAAAGAUCAAAGUGAUUAAGGAGGUGAGGACGUUUACGAGUUUGGGGCUGAAGGAGGCCAAGGACCUGGUGGAGAAGGCGCCUACGCUGUUGAAGAAGGGGGUUACGAAGGAGGAGGCGGAUUCGAUUGUUGCGAAGAUGAAGGAAGUUGGUGCCAAAGUUACUAUGGAGUGAGGGAGUGUUGCUUCCAAAGGGGUUCACUGAAUUAAAAGUCUGAGAGAAAUAUAUGCAUCAGUAUGGCCGCAUCAAUUCAGGAUGUUUGUAGAAAAAAUCCUGAUAGAAGUGUGGACCUCAUCUUGUCUGUUUCGUCUUGCAUUGAGAACAAAGAUCCUGUAAUUCAAGCUCUUGGUUUUCAAAGUCUUUGUGAAGCUGACUUAAUUGGUAAUCCUGUUGUCUAUUAACUUAUUUGGGAUCCUUAUG